AACUUUUCAGUUGAUCUUGAGACACAGAAGAGAGCAAAAUGUUUAAAUACAGUUUAAUAAUUUUUGGCUUUAUCUUAGCAAUAAAUUUAGCUAAUUCAAAUGAGAAUGUUGAAGUUGUUUAUCAGUGGAAGGUUGUUGAGUUCGAAAAUCUACCUCUACCAGAAAAUGCCAUGAUCGGCCGGCAUCGUUACUAUGAUCCUGAACAUAUCAACAUAAUGCAGAUGGGCUAUCACCCACUGAGUGGUUUAAUGAUUGUUACUGUAACACGUACAAGAUCCGGCGUCCCCAUUACAAUGGGAGCAUUCUGUGUUGAUGACUAUCCACCGGGAUCAAGCCCUAAAAUCUGGGCUUUCCCGAGUAAUGAAGCAAAUCUACUGAGAGCAUCUGAUUAUGAUAGACCUUCCCUUGGAAUACCAAAUAUUCCAACUCCCAACAUAAUCAACCAGAUUCAAUCUUCGCCGUUAAAUAUUUUCAAAAAAACCACCACCACUCCUUCUCCGAAUGAAAUAGACAAAACCCCGAGAUUAAUGUCAACGUACACCGUAAAUAUCGAUGAAAAGUGCAAUAGGGCAUACACGAUCGAUACAGGAAUCCUCACAUUUUCCCUACUGGAAUCCUACAAGGUUCAGAAACCUUCAAUCCUUGUUUACGAUCUCCCUGAAGAUGGAUGCAAGAAUAAUCGGAAUUUCUCACUAAUCAGACGAGCUGAAUUCCCAGACGAUAUUGGUUCUAAUAUACCCGCUGGAAUACUCUACAUGACCUUAGAUCAUCAAUCAGACAAUUGUGAUGAUCUGUUUAUCUACAUUACCAAUGUCUAUGCACACUAUCUUGCUGUUUAUGACUACAAAAAUGAUGAUUUUUGGGUUUUCCGAAAUUAUCCUUCUUUCCAACCAGAACUCGCGGAAUCCUUUAUAUUUGACGAGGGAUUCUCCUUUCAGCUAGGGCUGGGAAUUGUUUCCUUAGCUUUGGAUUAUCCAGAUGAGAAUGGCGAUCGUAUGGCUUACUACACACCAAGUACGAGUACAUCAUUGUACGCCGUAUCGACGAAGGUUCUCAAGAAUAAAGAAAAAGCUCAAGGAAGAAAUGCUCGGGAUGACUUCAAGUUCAUUGGGAAUAAAGGAAGAAAGAGUCAAACGUCUAAAAUGGCCGUUGACUACAAGCACGGGGUGGUUUUCUUCCUUGAAUUCCAAUCAAAUCGCGUUCGUUGCUGGAACAUGAAGAAACCCUUCACGCAGGAAAAUAUCGGGGUGGUUUAUCAAUCUCCUACGCCUAUGUAUGGAAUGAUGCUCUUCAUUGACUCCAAAGGAUACAUUUGGUUCAAUAAAAGUCACACAGGACUCAUGGUUGGAGCCAGUUUACGCCUAAAACUCGAUAAAGAGCAUUCAAUAUUCUACAGAGUUAAAGUUGAUGAUGCCAUCAAUGGGACUGUCUGUGAAAAUUCACAGCAGUCAGUUGAGCAAUAAAGAAUCUCAAAGCUCCUUAAAGCUCUUUAGAAAAUCGUUUAGAAAUUUUCUGUACGUCAAAAGGUCAAUAAAAAUUAAAAAUUACUCAAGCAAAUCUGAAGCACUUUAAAUAAAGAAAAUUUUAAAUAUUUGAAAGAAAAA